UCUGCCAUACCGCCUGUUAACGCCGAGGAUGAGAAACACCCAUCAGGAGGAGGAUUGUUCACUGAAAACAAAAAGUGACAGGGCUGCUGCUGAUGUGUAUCAUCUGUUCCACGUUGGGGACACAGAGAAACUGUUCAAUGAGGCAUUUCGUGAGCAUGCCACGACAUCGACAAACUGUGAGGGGGACCUGGUUAUGGAUAUAGAGCAUGAACAGCAGUGGGGCCUCAACUGGACAGAGAGACUGAAAUGUACCAACUGUGGCUACCUGUCUAAGCAUCAUGAGCUCUACAAGGAGGUAGAAGUAGCUGCGGCAAAGAAGGGACGUCGCUCCUCCACUGCUAACACUGGACUCCAGAUAGGCCUGUCGAAAUGUCCCAUGGGGUGUGACAGUUUCCGUGUCCUCUGCAUGAGUGCAGAUAUUCCACCCCCAUCGAGUUCAGGCAUCCAGAAACCUGCAAACAGAGUUUGUGAUAAUAUUAAAUCUCAAAAUGUGAAGGAUAUGAGGGCCAGGAGGGUGGAAAUGAGGGAAAUAAAUAAAUACAGGGGAACAAAUUUAAAUAAUAUGCUGAUAGUGCAGCUUACACAGCUCUCACUGAAAUGUAUGAAGCAGGGGAGAUGGAUGUUUGUCCGCAAACCUUUCUCGAUACAAGGCACCUAUCAGCCAGUCAUAGAAAAUUCAUAA